AUGUCUUGCUUCAGACCCUGCCUGCCCCAGUCCUGCGGCAGCUGUGGCCCAACCCCACUUGCAAGCAGCUGCAGUGAGCCCUGUGUCGCCCGCUGCGCUGACUCGACGGUGGCCAUCGAGGCCUCCCCGGUGGUGGUGACCCUGCCGGGCCCCAUCCUCACCUCUUUCCCUCAGAGCACAGCCGUGGGCUCCUCUCUCUCAGCUGCUGUGGGCAGCUCCCUCAGCGCUGGGGGGGUUCCCAUCUCUUCUGGGGGCUCCCUUGGGGGUCUGGGGAGUUGCGGGCUGUGUCUGCCUCCCCUCCGCUGCCGUAUGAACUGCUGA